GCUGGUUUCAGAACCUCUGGAGAACUGACGUGGCUCUUUUCUCUUUGACUCUGCAGUAGCAGCAAGCAAGCAACAACUCAACGAAAUGGAGCUGGAGGCGAUGACCAGAUACACCAGUCCGGUGAACCCGGCAGUCUUCCCCCACCUCACGGUGGUCCUACUGGCUAUCGGGAUGUUCUUCACUGCGUGGUUCUUUGUCUACGAGGUGACGUCCACUAAAUACACCAGGGACGUGUACAAAGAGCUGCUGAUCUCCCUGGUGGCGUCUCUCUUCAUGGGCUUUGGAGUUCUGUUUCUGUUACUGUGGGUCGGCAUCUAUGUCUGACAGAUCGUUAAAUUGCCAGAUAUUGAUACAGAAGAACAUUCCAGUGGAACAGGAGAAGGACAUGAAGUGGGUUAUGGAUUGGACUGCACUGACCAGAGGGUGGGGACUGUGGAUUGGGGACUGUGGAUUGGGGUUACCUUUCAAUAAAUAAGAGCCAUUUGUACAAAACUG